CAGCGGGCGCGCGCCGCCUGGCCCGGCGGAAAGUUUUCCUGGAGGAGUUUUGGCGGCGGCAGCGGCGGCAGUGGCGGCGGCGACAACCGGAGCGGGCCAUGGACGCGCUCAAGUCGGCGGGGCGCGCGCUAAUCCGGAGCCCCAGUCUGGCCAAGCAGAGCUGGGCGGGCGGCCGGCACCGCAAGUUACCAGAGAACUGGACGGACACGCGGGAGACACUGCUGGAGGGCAUGGUUUUCAGCCUCAAGUACCUUGGUAUGACGCUGGUGGAGCGGCCCAAGGGCGAGGAGCUGUCUGCAGCUGCUGUCAAGAGGAUCGUAGCUACAGCCAAGGCCAGCGGGAAGAAGCUGCAGAAGGUGACACUCAAGGUGUCACCCCGGGGGAUCAUCCUGACCGACAGCCUCACUAGCCAGCUCAUCGAGAACGUGUCCAUUUACAGGAUCUCCUACUGCACUGCAGACAAGAUGCACGACAAGGUGUUCGCCUACAUCGCCCAGAGCCAGCAGAACGAGAGCCUGGAGUGCCACGCCUUCCUCUGCACCAAGCGGAAAGUGGCCCAAGCUGUCACCCUGACUGUAGCCCAAGCCUUCAAAGUUGCCUUUGAGUUUUGGCAGGUGUCCAAGGAAGAGAAAGAGAAAAGGGAGAAAGCCAACCAGGAAGGAGGAGACGUCCCAGGGACCCGACGGGACAGCACCCCCUCACUGAAAACCUUGGUUGCUACCGGGAACCUGCUGGAUUUGGAAGAGGUGGCUAAGGCCCCGUUAUCUACAGUCAGCGCUAAUACCAACAACGUGGACGAAACACCACGGCCUCAGGUCUUGGGCAACAACAGCGUCGUCUGGGAGCUGGACGACGGCCUGGACGAAGCAUUUUCAAGGCUGGCGCAGUCCCGGACAAACCCUCAAGUCCUGGACACUGGACUGUCAGCACAGGACAUCCAUUAUGCACAGUGCUUAUCGCCCACCGACUGGGACAAGCCUGACAGCAGUGGCAUUGAUCAAGAUGAUGACGUCUUCACCUUCUGAGGACCCGAGGCUGGCAAUACACUACUGGCCUAGACAUGUGACGGACCAUAAGCCACCAGCAGCAGGCAGCCAACUUCAGGAGCCAUCAGCUGCCUUUGGCCAGGGGCGUCAGAGCCUACAGAUUUGCGUUGCACAGUCACGCAGGGAGAGGGGGAGAAAGAUGCCUGCAGUAUCCAGUUGGUGACUCCUGGUUUAUGCUCGGAAACCAGUUUGAUUCAGGUGCUCAUGUGUAUGGGGGGCAGAGGCUGGCCUCCUGGCCUCUCUCCUGGAGCCAGUGCCCCCUCCUGCUGUGGGCGUCAGGACAAUGACCAAAGCGUUGCAUGUUCCUUUUCUCUGGGCAUCCUCACUCCUGAAGCAGUCAGAGAGCCUGCCGUUCGUUGUGUACUGGAUGGGACGUGGCUUUCAGGAAAGUUGAGGCUUCUCAAGCUCUGCUUCCUCGGGGCCGAGUAACUGAGGCUCUCAGAGAGGCAGCCCCUGACCAAAGACACAUUUAACUCUGCACUUUAACUCUCACGGAGUGGCCAUGGUUCGAGGUCCGUGAUGGUGCUUUGGGAGUAGAGCUUGCCUCCUGCCCUCCCUCCACAAGAGGGCCCCAGUCCCUGACGCGGCCCAUACAGUGCUAGGACCUAGUGUACCAGCUGCCCAUGACUCCCAGAGUCACUGCAACCAUGGUGAUCACCUCUGUGGCUCCUGGGAGUGUCCCACCCCCAACAGACAAAGCUGGGCCUGCUCUUCUGUUUUGUCUCUAUGUCCUUGUGUGUGCUCCAUUUUCUGCCUCCCAUAAUUCCUGGGAUGAUACCAAAGCCUAGCACUAGGCUGUGGCAGGCAAUUUUACAUCCAUUUUACAGAUAAAGAAACUGAGGUGACACACGUGUUGAGGGGUGGAGUUGAGAACAGAAUCCUGAUCUGAUACCAAAGCUGCCGUCUGUGCUGCCACCUCCCAGCCCACGCCUCUUUCUCUGUGGCUUUGUUGUCCUCCCAGGAACCAGAACUCCCCAGCUAUUUUCUGACCAAAAUGUGUUUCAUAACAAACCAUCUGGUGCCUUUCCACACAGCGCUGGCGCAGGCCGCCAUGCCCUGCUAGCUGCUAUGCUGCUGACUUCUGGGCAGAUGUGUUUUGAAGUCUGUUAAUUCCACGGGUGAAAUGGUAUCUCACUCUAGAAACAUCUUGCUGUCCUUUUCUGACCUGCAGCCGUAGUGGUCCCUCGACCCUAGCUGGUAGUCGGGCGGUCCAGUGGUGAGCUUCCCUUAAUCUCUCUUUUCUUCCUUCGCUGGUCCUGUGGGCUCUGGCAUCCUGAAUCUCAGCCAAACCAACAUCUUUCAAUCUCAAGGAUCCCCCAGUGACCGGGCUUGUGAAAGCCGGUCUCAGUGUCUCCAGGAAAACACACUCUUCCUGAGUGGCUGAGUCAGACCCUUGCCUUGGGGGGGGGGGGGAGAGGGCUCGGCACUUGGAGAAUUCUUGCUAGAAUAAAGGUUGCCAGCUCCCUUUCCCUGGCCAGCUCCAAGGCCCCUGCUCCUUAGCCCAAGUGGCCAGGGUCCCGGCGUGAGGGGGACUGUGUGGUGUUGGGUGAUGCUGUAGUCUUGCUUCCUGUGCCUGCUGCCGAUGCUGCUGUGUGAAGCUGGAAAGGCAGUUCUGAGCAGGAAACAAUAAAUGUUCCCUUUCUGAGUGUGAGCAUCACCUGGGGUGUUGCUGGUGACAAAGGGCAGGGUGGCGGCUUCUGGGGAGCAGUGGUGUGUCAAGAGAUGGGUAGGCCACUGCACCAGAAUGGAGGGCGAAGGCAGGUCCCCAGUUGUUGGGCCAGCAGGGUACCUUCCUUCUUCUGCAGACUGUGAUAGUGUGACGAGGUCACUGUUGGGUGAUGUAAGACCACACCAGUGGGCCUGUGUGUAAGCACUCUCUGUUUCUAACCGUGUGUUCUGGUCGGGCUCUGGGCUCCUGAGACACGAGUGUAAGAGUGUGCCCGUGUGCACCCCUUCCCAGGGAUGGUGCUGUUCCCAUGACUCUCCAGUGACUCAGAGUUGCAGCCUUUACCUGCUAUUGGACCUGGGCUCAGUGCUAGGAAUGAGCAUGGCCCACUCGAAUUCAAGAUGUGUGGCUUUGUGUAAAAGGGGACAGAAGCAGAGGGUGGCGGGUUCUGUGAGAUCCAAAGUCCAGCUACCAUGGGUCAGUUACCUGGUUCCUUGAGCCUCAGUUUUCCUGUCUGCAAACAGGGUACAACAGUCUCCUGUGCCUAUGUUCUUGGGGUUUUAUGAGACUGUUGACCAUUAUCACAUUAUUGGUAGUCCAUAGCCAGUGGCUCAAAGGUUUUUCUCAGAGCAAAAGGUCAUUUAGAUGGAAUAUGCACAGUCCUAGUGGACUCUUGGAUAGUGACUACUACUCUAAGUAUACUUCCUGUGUGCCAGCUGACUCACAGAAGUCAGCUAGAGCCUACAUGCCAUCUGAUACCUCCUGCUGAGGGCUUCCUGCUUAGAUGGGAGGCAGUCCUCUCCUGAGUGCGUGGUAAGGCCACAGCCCCAUCUUAUAUCCCUAAGCCCCACCCUGCCAUGUAGGGAUUUCCCAAGAGAUUGCUAUGAUCCAGCUGCUCCUGUCCUGGCCAGACUCACAGUGACCAUCCCAGCAAGGCCACAUUCCUCAAGUUCCACGGGCUUCUGUCUGGGGACUCCCCGGCCACUCCUCCUCCCCGUGGUUGUGGGGGUCUCCGGCAUUUAUGCCUUCAUUCCAUUGAAUAGGCCUACUUCAAGUCUGCAGAGGCAGAGCCUUCUGAUGCCAGCCGCCGUGCAGACUCCCUGAGAGGCCCGGUGGAUCAGAGCAGACUACAGAAUUCCUUCUUUUCUCCCCCAUAAUUUGAAAAGACACCCAACAAGCUCAUCUUUCGGUUUAAAUUUGGCCAACGCCUUUAGUCUCCGGAUGUCUCAAAUUAUGGAUCCUGAGCGCAGCCGUCUGCUCUUUCAUGCAUAACAGGCAGAGUGAAAGAACAAAGCUGCCUUUCAGACUUGAUGUGACCUUCAGCUUCUCUGGGUGCAUGUUGGGCCGGCUCUCCAGGAGACGCUGUCACAAUUACACCUUGCAGAGGGGCUUCCCAGCUUCCGUGCCUGGGACACAGGCUGGAGACGGCUUGUUCCCCUUCCCCUGCCUGGUGCAGCAGAACAGGCGACCUGUUUGGCUAGUAGGAAGGGCUACUAACCUUGUCAGGACCCUUGUGCCCAGCCUGGGCGAGAUCAGUCUGCCAUGGCACACUGGGAGGUGAGUAGUAGUAGCAGGUGGCCUUAGAACUAUUAAAAAAGAUGACUUUCAUUUAUUCUUUGACAGUUUUAUAGAUGUAAGCGAUGUCUUGAUCCUGUGUACCCCCCAACUCAACCCUCCUCCUCCCAGGAACCCCAACACAUUCCUUGUGCCACCUUUCCUUUUUCCUUCUUUGUAACCUGGAGUCCAGUUAGUCCUGCCUGGUAGAAUGUUGGCUGGUCCCGCUGGCUUGAUCCUGUGUAGGUAGCCAUGGCUGUGGUGAGGUCUUGACUGUGCUGUCUAUAUCCCUUCUAAAACAAUAGCGCGCCUCCUCUUCCCAGUGUUCCCUGAUCCUUGGGAGAGGGGUAUGAGAAAGGUCGACACCGACACCCUGUAUAGGGAGAAGCCACUUGUCUCAGUACUAACCCAUUAGGAGUCUGCAGUAACGGCUGCCCACUGUGGAGAGAAGCCAUGCUGGCCAAGGGUAAGAAGAGCGCUGGUCUAUGGGUACAGACAUGAGUGUUCAGAAGCCAGUGCGGCAUUACGUAUCCUUUAGCAAAACAACAGUAAGAAGUUCCUCAUGAGUCCCGUGACUGAUCUAACUAUGGAGUUUUGACAAGGUUUGUGGUACAAGGUCUCAAUUCCUGCAGAGUAGGUCUUCAAUGCCAAAGAGGCUGGUUAUCUUCAUAACCUUCAUGCUAUUAUUGCCUGAGGGAGCAGAUCGGGCAUGGUAGGUCCGUCUUGUAGCAUGGAAGAUUGGAUGCUGGCUAAGACGACUGAUGUGUUUUCUCCCUCCCCUGGCCUGCAUGGCUCCAGACAGCUCUGAAAGCUAGUCAGCUCUGAGGAAGCUUUCAGCUGAUGUCUGUGUCAGAGCAAUUAGUGUGUCUUCUGCAGUAGAAUCUUACUAUCUAAUUUGGGUGACCUCUGGGACCUCCCUGACCAGUAAGUUGUAGAGAGGUAUCUUCUCUUGUCCCGCUUCAUCUCUGGGAUAUCUGAAGGACCAGAAAGAUCAGCAAGGUGACCUAAGGCUUACAUUUAAGAAGAGGUAAGUCUGGGAAUUGAACCCCAGGAUAUCUGAAUCCAAAGCUUAUUUCAGGUGCCCACUGUGUAGAUCCAUUGGCUGGAGCUAUGCUGUGCCUACCCAGCUGACUGCCCACCUUGGGCUGCUGCCCUGGACAUGCCCACCAUGGGACUCUGCAGGGCCAUGUGCCCAUUGCACCAGGCCCUGUCUUUUCCUUUUCCCUGCCAGCUUGAGGAUGGUUUUAUCAGAGGAGGGACAGUGGGUGCCAGUGCAAGAGGACUGGAAGGGAACAUUUGCAGUGUCACAUAGCGAGUUUGAGUUGAUCUAAUGGCUGCCAAGUAGUAUCUGCCUUUGUGGGGAUCGUAGAGGUUAAUUACCACAGGCCUCAAACUCAGGUCCCAUGUGUUCAGUGUCCUGAGCUGGCCCUCCCCCUGCAGGUCACUAAACACCCAGAGAACAUGACAUUGCUCGCGGGGAGCUCCUGGGGCCACCUAACACAUAACACUGCUGGGCAGCUUGGAGCUUCCGGCCCAGACAGAAGUGGUCUGGGACAUGAGGCCACGCUGCUAGGCAACCAUCAGCACAUUUCUGCUGAUCACCAGCUUGGCCCUGUCUGUGGAUGACAAGAGGCCUCUGCGCUUGACCCUUAAUAAUAGUCCAAGGGGCGGGGGCAUGGUUCCCAGAAGUCACUGGUCCUGCAUGCUUGCCUACGCCAGUGGGGAACAGGGUUGAGGGGUAUUGCACGGGAUACCUGGUGGGUCUGCUAAGUGCGGAAUGGUCCAGCUGGACCUCAAGAGAAGAAGUAGAAAGUUGAAGAUGCUCUCGAUGGCUCGGUAGCUCUGCUGUUGGGGGCCCUGUGUGAGCCGCUCCAUGACCAGGUACCCAGGCACUUCCUGCCUCCGUAUGGUAAUGACUGAAUCAAGGCAGAAGUAGAAGGUUUCUGGGAGCCUUCUGAAGAGGUCAGGAGCCGCAGGUCACAGGCAGCACAGGAAUUUGCAGGUCAUCAAGGCCCUGGUUCCACACUUCCCAGCAGGCAGUAGUUGUGGUGUGCCGGGUCUUCCUUACUCCCAGGGGGCAGCCCUACAACCUCUGAGCUGCUUUGGGGAACCUCUGGUGUCUAGUUCUACAUCCCGACCAAAGAUGUUGCUUUCCAAAAUGUUCUCAAAUAAAGGUUCUAGAAUCUG